AUGGCCACUAAUAUCGACAAAAUCAACGCCCAGAACGACGAUCGCGUCCGCCGCUGCACUGCACAGUCUAAUGGAAAGACGUACAGCUAUUUAGAGGGAAUACCUGCUGGCAGCCCAGUUAAAGGAACUAUAUUCUUAGAUGCCCCGAAUACGGUUGAAUCCUACAGCUAUCGAUCUCUAACCGAAGAUGCCAAGGAACUGGCUGCUCAGCUCAAGGUAGAGAGGGUUAUUGCCUGUGGACAUGACUGGGGAGCCAAUAUUGCCUACCGCCUUGCCCUCUGGCAUCCUUCGCUUGUUUCGCUUGUAAUCGCAAUUCGCGUUCCCUACUUCCCUUCACAGGGAAAGUACACCCCUCUGGAAGAACUCUCAAAAACGGUCCUACCAAAUUUUACAUAUCAACUGCAGUUCAAGAGCGGGGAAUUGGAGAGAUGGUUUUGGUCAAGGGAUGACAUUCGGUCAUUUCUUGUUGCUAUGUAUGGUGGUCGCGACAACCAAGGAAGUCUGGCGUGGGACGCAUAUUUUGGGUUGAUGAUAGAUAAAGUGGCAGGAUUGAAGCCAUCAGAGUUAUUAACAGAUGAAGAAAUGGAUUUUUAUGUGGACAAAUUUCAACGCCACGUAAACUACUACCGCACCCGCGAGAUCAAUCACUAUGACGAAGUGACUAGCCUCACUGGCCCUGCAAUCAAUGUUCCUGUGCUGUUCAUCCCGGCUCUACAAGACUAA